AGCGAGUUUGUUUUGGCAGUCUCAAACCCUAAUUAGAAGAGUCGAAAACGUCGGACUUGGGCGGCGAAGAUGACUUUCAAGCGCAGAAACGGCGGACGCAACAAGCACGGCAGAGGUCACGUGAACUUCAUCCGCUGCUCCAACUGCGGAAAGUGUUGCCCUAAGGACAAGGCUAUCAAGAGGUUUCUUGUGAGGAAUAUAGUGGAGCAAGCUGCUGUGAGGGAUGUGCAAGAGGCGUGUGCCUUUGAUGGAUACACACUUCCGAAGCUGUAUAUUAAGGUGCAGUAUUGUGUCUCCUGCGCAAUCCACUCGAAGGUUGUCAGGGUGAGGUCUCGCACUGAUAGGAGGAACCGAGAGCCUCCACAGCGCUUCAGACGCCGGGAUGAUCUGGCAAAGCCUGGUCAAGCUCCUCGUCCAGCUGGUGCUGGAAAUCCUGCUCGUCCCUGACCGCUCCUACGUGGAAUGAUAGGUCAUACACUUGUUUUUCUGUUUCAAAGUCGAACAAUGCCCUCCUUUGCCCAACUAUUGGAUUAAUCCUCUAGUCACUAUCUUUCUUUAUCGCUGGAAGAGAUUUCAGUUCCCAUUUACUUGGCGGCCUUUCUUUUUAA